AAAUGUGUGUAUAAACUUUUCUGAAGACAAAUUUAUUUUGAACACAAAAUAUUUUUUUAAGUUUUGUUAUUUAUCGUUCUUGUUUAUUCAUGCGAUUAUGGCGCCGAAAAAGCUUCCUAACCCUAAUGGGGUUAAAUUGCCUGACAUAUGGCGUACUAAGUCCUCUGAAAAAUCUUUAGGACUUCUACUGAAAAAGCUGAAACAAAAGGAUGCAACUAAAUCACGAGGUAACUUGGCUGAGGAUGAAGGUCUAGAUUGGCUCAAGCCCCGUGCUCUCCUCAAAUCUGAUGAUCAAGAGGAAGUACCUGAAGCUGACUUGGAAGAAGAAGUGGGCCGUGUAUUAUCUACUGUUAACCCUCAAUGGGUGGCUGAUGAAGUAGCUUACCAUUACGGUCGGGCUAUGUUUGUCACGAAACCCAGGCCUACCUAUGGCAAAGCGUACCCACUAUAUGUAUAUCAAGGGACAGCUAUUCGCAAGGAUUCUGAAGAGGCAAAGGCCCAGAUAGCAGCAGGUUACGGUAUGGUCGGAUUCGACGAUGCUGGCCCUAAACGUGCCAAAGUUAAGAAAUCAGCAGCUGAAGAAGAAGAAGAAGAAGAACCUGAGCCUGAACAAUCGGGAGCAGCUGAGGAGGCCAAACCAGAAGAGGAUACAGCUGCCGAAGAAGAAAAGGCUGCUGAAGUCGAAGCCGUAGAACCCACGGAGGCAACUGGUGAUGAGGCUGUAGCAGUUGAGGGUGGAGAAGAAGCAGAACCAGAACAAAUAGACGAAGCGCCUGGUGAUGGUCUGGAUGAAGUGUUGGAUAUUAAGCCUCGAGUCAAGAAACUUGCCAACCAGUUUAACUUUUGUGAACGAGCGGCUUUAACUUACAAUUUUCCUAGACGAUCAGUGGAUACUCAAACAAUUCCUCCACCUCGAGCCAAUUAUGGUGCUACAGCUCUGCAAUGUAUUAUCUUUGAUUUCUACCAAGAAGACUAUGCAAAGAAACUGAAAGAAAAAGAAGAAGAGAAACCUAAAAGGUUGCGUAAGAAAGCCGCUAAAAAUGCUAAGUCUGCUCAACAAAUUCACGACGAACAAUUGGCACAAAGAAUCCGUGAGGCAUGGGCAAUACUGGAGAGACUGGUGAAUCAAAAUAUCUAUGAUGACAUUGCACAAGACUACCGCUAUUGGGACGACCCAUCUGACGAGUUCCGCGAGGGUAUGGGCUCUCUCCUGCCUCUAUGGAAGUUCCAGUUCGAUCCGAUGCGCAGUCAUGCUGUCUGUGACAUACAAUGGAAUCCACAUUAUCAGGACCUUUUUGCUGUUGCUUACGGCUCCUUGGACUUCACCAACCAGCAGAAGGAAGGUUGCCUAUGCAUGUACAGCAUCAAGAACCCUGCCUAUCCAGAGUACGCCGUCAUAACGGAAUCUCCAAUAAUAUGUUUAGACGUUUACCAUGAAAUACCUUACCUCAUAUGCGUUGGUCGUUACGAUGGAAAUGUAUGUGUAUACAAUGCCCAAUUAACUUUAGAAUCAUCGUACCAAUACAAGUCGGACUCUGUGAGAGACAAACAUAGUAAUAUUGUUUGGGAGGUACGCUGGGGAGCCCGUCUAAUUGACGGUGAAGCCUCAUUCUUCUCCAUCUCUGGAGAUGGACGGGUGGUUCAAUGGGCGGUGAUGCCCGGAGAACUACAAGCUACGACUAUAAUCACACUCAGUUCCAAUGUGCCACCAAUACCCGGCCCGGACGGCACUAUGAUUACUGUUAAUAGUUGCGGCAGCUGCAUCUGUUUCCACCCAGAGAAGCCAGAUAUAUUUCUGGUUGGUACCGAAGACGGCAUGGUCCAUACUUGUUCCCUGAAGUACAACAGGAACUAUGUACGCUCAGUACAAGGCCACCACAUGCCCGUCUACAGGAUACACUAUAAUUACUAUAAUAAUGGUAUAUACGCAUCGUGCUCGGGAGAUUGGCGCGUGAAGAUAUGGGAAGAUGGACGGGAUGAGCCACUAUUCAUGUUUGAGCUGGGCUCACCAGUGGGCGAUGUCAAGUGGGCGCCGUACUCCAGCACUGUGUUUGCUGCCUGCACUGCCGAUGGGAAGGUAUACGUAUACGAUUUAAAUGUGAAUAAAUAUCGACCCAUCUGUGUGCAAGCGGUCGUCUCUAAGAAGACGAAGAAAUUAACAAGAUUAGAUUUCAACAAGCGACUACCGGUUAUAGUAUGUGGAGACACCAAAGGUACUUGUCAUGUUUUGAAAUUAUCACCCAAUCUGCGAGUAAUGUGCAAACCACCCAAGAAAGCACAAGGCGUCGAUCAGAGAACGUUACAGAUUAUGAAACUGGACAAACUUUUGAGUUUGGUUCGUGACCCACCCUUCACUCCUGGCGUCGUAGAUGAGAAGUUUGAAGAAGAUUAAUUUUAAUUAUUCAUAAUGGUGCUCUAUGUUAAUUAUUUUAUAUU